UUAAAUCGCAGAAGAAAAGAGAGGAGAAGAAAGGCACAAGAAGACGACAGAGUGACCGUUGAAAAUCUCCGAAAUGGCGCAGAAAAUCAGCCUACGCGCUCUAGUGGCGUGGGCUUCAGUCGCCGCCGUGUGGUGGAUGGGCCUUCUGGCGACUCCGGCGACGGCGAUAUGGUUGAGCAUUCCCAGCUCGGGAACCAAGUGCGUCUCCGAGGAGAUACACUCCAACGUCGUCGUUUUGGCCGAUUACUACGUCGUACAUGAUUUCAUUGAAGUUCACGAUCAACCACCACAACACAUCCCCACCAUCUCCGUUCGGGUGACAUCGCCAUACGGAAACAAUCUACACAGCAAAGAAAAUGUAACCCAGGGACAGUUUGCAUUUACAACCUCAGAGAGUGGAAACUACUUGGCGUGUUUCUGGGCAGAUGGCAAAUCCCAGGAGGGAUCAGCCUUAAGUGUUAGCUUAGACUGGAGAACUGGAAUUGCUACCAAGGAUUGGGAGUCAGUUGCAAGGAAGGAAAAGAUUGAGGGUGUAGAACUUGAGCUUGCGAAACUUGAAGGAAUGGUAGAAGCUAUCCGUGAGAACCUAAACUAUCUUAAGGACAGAGAAGCAGAUAUGAGGGAAGUGAGCGAAAGAACAAAUGCAAGAGUCGCAUGGUUCAGCAUCAUGUCCCUCGGAGUUUGCAUUAUUGUUUCGGUUCUGCAGUUGUGGUACUUGAAGCGCUUCUUCCAUAAGAAGAAACUUAUAUAGGUUGUAUUUCUUCAUAUUUAGCUCCUAAUACAGAUGCUGAGAUGGUCUAGAGAAAGAAAAGACCAAUUUUUUAUAUACCUAUGAUGUAACAUAUACAUACAGGUGAAGAGUGAUAUUGGGUUUAGCUUGUGGAAAAGAAGGGAAUGAUGUUUGUAUUCUAAACAGUUUCUUUAUCUUUUGGGGUAGAAUUCUUCUUUGGCAGUUACAUCAUCCCGGUACAAUCAUAUAGACAAGUGGAAAUAAUUGAAUCUUAUGAUUGCGUUAGCCUUA